AUGUCUAGCAUCAACGACUCCCCCGUACAGUCCCCCGCGCCCGCGUCUGGUCCCGGAGAGGACGGUGGCUACCCCGAGCAGAGGCACGCUGGUGCCGUCGGCUACGGUCCAGAAUAUAUGAAAGGAGCGACGACAGGCGACAAGCUUACGGGCAUGAAAGAGGAGGUGAAGGGCAAGCUCUUCCGCAAGCCCGACCUCGUCGAGCACGGCCGCGAGAUGCGCACCGGCGAGCUCAAGAAGAAGCAGCAGGAGGAUGACGCCAACCCCUUCGCCAACGCGAAAGAGGACGACAGCGAGAAGCCCGCCGCUGGGGUACAGCGGCAGGCGAGCGGCGCGUCGGGCACGCAGUCUCAGACUCCAGACGCCCCGAACCCGAACUCGUCGUACCCGCCCGCGAUGUCCGACACCACGCACGCGUCGGACAAGGGCGCGCGCGAGCAGGCUGCCGCGACCGCGCCCGAGGGCACCGAGAAGGCGCAGCGGCAGAAGACGGGCGGUAACGCGGACAACGUCUCGUACAUCGGCUGA